AUGAAAUUCCUGAUUGUUUUCGCUUGCCUGCUGGCUGUCACCUUUGCCAAUGAGGAUGCCAACGUACUCAAACAGGAACAAGAAGUUGAGCCUGAUCACUUCAAGUAUAUACUCGAACUGGACAAUGGAGUGAAGCUGCAACAACAGGGUCGCUUGGUUGGCGAUGAUUGUGGGAAUGUUGAUGGCAAAUUCGAAUUCAUUUCGCCCGAAGGUGAGAAGGUUGAUCUGGCCUACACCGCUGAUGAGACCGGUUACCAUCCAGAUCCCAGCAACAAGUGGAUCCAUCCAAUUCCUGAACACAUCAUUCGAUCAAUUGAAUACAUUAGGACUCACCCUAGCAAAGAAUAA